GUUAAAUUUAUUGGCAAAUCACAUGUUGCAACUGAGUUGAUGUUUACAUGAUGUUGAUUUAGCAAGCUUCAAAAUUUAAGUAACUUUGUCUGCAUAAACACAGAAUUAGAGAUUCUUAGUUACUGGUAUGGACGAUUCAGUGUUUGAGGAGGAGGGGUUGAUAUACUACUUAUUACUGUUGCCAAGUACCCUCAUUGUGUUGGUGACCUGUCUUAUAGUUAGAUGGCUCGGUCUCAAAUUCUUCCAGCAUAACUAAACAUGUGAUUCCAAUACCAUUUUUAAAGAUGCUGGAAAAAGUCACACAGACUGCAAACAAAAUAUUGAGAACAACAUUUUCCAGGUUUUACACCAGUGGUAGACCAUCUCUGAGUGACCGAUGGCAGACAGAUAAAAACAUCAUUAUGAAUACUUUUGCUCGCAGAAAGGUGAUAUCAGAUAGGUACGGGAUUACAGAAAAAUCAGACGAUUGUCCAAUCACUCAUGUGUCUAUGAACCCGCCUCGUAAAUUCCAUGUACCUAGAGUGGACAAUGAGAUAUUUCUUCAGAAAUAUAUCAGAGGUAUUAUCGAUCAUCAGUAUAUGACGCUAUUGGAACUUCCUACAGUCUAUUCUCCCCUGAGGGUUGAUGUGGAUGUUGAGAAAAUGGAUUCAUCUGUUGAUGUUGUCACAGAGAAGUUGAUAGAGCAAAUAAUGAGUCUUUACGCUGAAGAGAGUCUAAAAUAUUUGGCUGAUCCAACGUCACUUAAAACUCAGGGGCUACUGACUGCUUAUGUUAUGCAGAGAAAGAAGAAUUACAUGGUGGACAGUGAGACAAAAGAUGGUUUGCAUGCAAUUUUUCCUGAUGCGGUGUUCCCAUCCAAUCUACACAAUUCACUCUUCCAUAUACCCAUAGCCGAAGUGGUAGAAAACAUGACAUCAGGGGAAGGGAAGUUCAAAAUCUUGGUCGACCAAAUUGGGAAGAAUCCAUGGUUUAUGCUGGGAUCCCAAAAGCAUUGUGAUCUCUAUCCAUAUACUGUGGAAUAUGUUUGGAAGUAUGGAGAAAAACUGAUGCCAUUCACCCUGAAUAUGAAUUCAGAGAGUGAAGUGUUUCAUUGGGUAUCAAAGUUUUCUAUUCGGCAUAAGGAAUCUAGCGAAUAUUGUGUUGAAGCAUCAGGUGAUCUGAAAAAUGAAAUUCUGUCUAUUGAAGAAAGUGGAGAGGAAGAACUAAGUGUCCUUAAUGCAUCUAAAUCCAAGGCUUCCAGUCAUUUUCAGCCUUAUGUCAAAAGUUAUUAUGGCAAAUCAAGGAGACAACAACAAUUUUGUGAUAAAACCGUUAAUAAGCUGAUAAUAGAUUUGGGAAAUCUGUUAGAUCUAUAUGAUGUUAACAUUUCAGAUACUUAUAAAUCAUGGUCCUCCAUUGGGUUUGCAUUGAAAAUUUUGUGUGAAAGUUGUGAUGAAUGUGACAAUGAAUUCAAAGAGUUGUGGUUUUCUUUUUCUGAAAAAUCAGCUAAAUUCAAUCCAUCAGAAUGUGAGAAGACCUGGAAUUCGUUGGACUCAUCCAGAGGGGAUGUUCUGUUUGCCAAAAGAAUACUACUGAAAUAUGCAAAUGAGUGUGACAUCAGUGCUAAAUAUAAAACUUUUCUAACUCAUCUUUAAUUUUCUUGAUUUUGGUAUUCUAAGUGUGUCAGUGACAUAAACAUUUUCCUUUGUAAUAUUUUUUGGUCAAUAAAUAUGACCUUGAUAAAAACUUUAA